GCGGCCCAGCAGUAUCGUGUCGGACAGCUCUGUUGAACCCGUCCCUUCAUCCGCAGCCUCUUCACCCUCCUCUUCCUCGCUGUGCUAUGAGGCGAUGGGACGCGCCGCCAGAUUCCUCAACAACAACUACCUGGACCUGACGGAGACAUGCGAGUACGGCGCGAGAGAGCGACAGAUGAACCGAGGGAGUUUGGGCCCGUACAGCUUCAUCAACCACAGAGCUAAAGUCCCAUCAGCCCCUGCAGACACCGUCAUCCCCAGCAACGACCCGGAGACGCAGGUGUUUCCGGUCCAGUAUCUGGGCUGGCUGGAGGUGCGGGAUGCGGAUGUGAAGUCUGGGAAGAGCGGCGCGGUGCUCAGCGAUUGCAUCCAGCAGCUGCAUCAGCGCAGAGAGACGGACAGGCCGCAGACACAGACGAUGCUGCUGGUCCUGCAGGAUGUCACUCUCACCCUCAUCCACCCGGCCGACCACACCCUCCUGCACUCUCAGCCAAUCAGCUGCAUCUGUGUGUGGGGAGUGGGGCGGGGCUUCAGCAGGGAUUUUGCGUAUGUGGCCCGUGACAAGAACACGCGUGUGUUGAAAUGCCACGUGUUUCAAUGUGACAGUCCCGCGGAAAGCGUCGCCAGCAGCCUGAAGCAGAUCUGCUCGAAGAUUAUGGCUGAACGCAGGAGCGUCGGUCCCGUCGCAGGCUCCUCGUCUCAGUUCAGCUCCGAUGUUCCUCUGAGAGUAGAGUUUCCAACACCAAAGACUGACCUACAACACAGUUUCCAUGUGUUUUACCUGGGAAUGACGUCAGUACUGCGACCUAUUGGAAUGGACAUGAUAAAUGGAGCGAUAGACAGUCUGAUGUCCGCCGCAGGGAAAGAGGACUGGACCCCCGUCCUGCUCAACGUCGCUGACGCCACAAUUACUGUCAUCAAAGAAAAGGAAGAGGAGGAGCAAGUCAUAGUGGAGUGUUGCGUGCGCUUCCUGUCUUUCAUGGGCGUGGGGCGUGAUGUCCAUACGUUUGCGUUCAUCAUGGACACGGGAAACCAGCACUUCCAGUGUCACGUGUUCUGGUGCGAACCCAAUGCGGGAAGCGUGUCGGAGGCCGUGCAGUCGGCUUGUGUGUUGCGGUAUCAGAAGUGUCUGGGGAAGACCGGCUCCUUGACUCCGCCCCCUACCGAUUCAGUCACCCGCCGCGUAACGUCCAGCGUCAAGCGUGGCGUCCAAUCAAUUAUAGACACUCUGAAAAAGAAGCCCGCACCCGAGGUUCCCCACCAAUGACGGAACAGAACGGCUGUGACGGACAGCAGGGGUGUGUGUGUAUUUACUGAUGCAAACGAGAAGAGAAACACAGGCCAACAUAACAAAAAAGACAAGCGAGAUGAAUGAGAGGAUGUCGGCGCUGAAUGAAGCAUGCGUCUGCCUUACACUAACACAUUCUCACUCAAGUAUUUCGAGGGCGUCAGUGUUCAUGUCGCACUGAUCUCGUCACGCUCAGAUCAAUGUAAGUCUUCACGCGCGUGGCCUUGAUUCAAGCCACAGUGCGUUUCAUUUCAAACCACCCGCUCAUUCACACACUCGGGAAAUUGGAUCCUUUGAAAAUGUUCCUUUCCCCAAGAAAUUUAGAGUGAAUUUUUAUCAUCAUAUCUCGAUGUUCAGUGGGAAUAUUGUAAUACAUCAGAGUUUGUCUGUAACAUCUGCUCAGUCGGAUUCUGUAAUGAAGAGUGGAACGGGGAUUUUUUGAUCACACAAACACACACACUUACUCCUUUAGUUAAACACCAAGGCCUGAAAGAGUCCAUGCGCAAGUACGCAAACACAGAGAUGCAUAUGUGACCCUGGACCACAAAACCAGUCUGAAGGGUCAAUUUU